AAGUUACAUCUCUGACAUCCUCCUUAUAAAAAGCUUUGCAAACAGCUACUCUGAUAAGCUACUUUGAAAGGUGUUCAGGCAUUUGAGGAGCGUAUACAGAUAUAGAGUUUAAUAAUGGAAUCCAGAAAACGCGUAUACAUCCGUCUUCCAGAAGAAUACAAGGAAUUUCUAAAAUCUGGAGAAUGGGACCAUGGGAUUGUUGUUACAGAUCUGAAUCCACACGUGACCAAAGAUGAUCUUCACACCUACUUUCAAAAGUUCGGGACAAUUAUAGAAUCUGAUAUCACGAUUGACAUGUCUUCAGGAUGGCCGAAGGGUGUGGGCUUUGUGAUGUAUUCGUCCUCAGAGGAAGCUGAAGCAGCCGAAGCGGACGAGUCACCAAAACUGGGAGGUUUUCCGAUAUUGAUCAACAAAAUUGUUACGCCAAAAGAAUCAAGUUACUUAAGUAUGUGUUUGUGCAGAACCGGUUUGACAUGCAGUUAAAGACUCCUCAAUACCGAUCCGUUCAGCCAGACCUGUGUGUGAACUAGAAGAGGAAUAUAAGCACUGAUUGAAGGACUGAUUUGCACUUUUACUGGAAGAAAUGUGAACUAAAUGUUGCUGUAAUUCAAUGUAAAGAGUUUAAUUUUAUACGUUCAUUAUAAGAGUUUAAUUUUAUA